ACAUCGAAAAUGAAAGCUGAUGUGUCUUUCGGGCUGCGGAUGACCUGAGCAUGAGCUGAUGAGCAUAAGCUGAUGUGAAGACGAAAACUGGUGAUGGCGAAGAAAAUUACUGUCUUGUGAGAAUUUGAGCUGCUGGGCUAGGAGUUUUGUAUCUGCUGGAGUUCUAGGACCACCUGGUUCAGCUUCGAAGACUUCGAAGAGCGCCUUCGUAGUCAAGAAGCCACAGUCCCUGUGGAUGUUGACGCUGUGAAUUAUUGUCAGUGAACUCAGGAAGUCUCGAAGCUGAAAAUAAUUGCUCAUUGGCGACACCAUGAAGGUCUCAGUCGCGUGGCGGUCCGCGCUCCUGCUUCUGUGCAUGUGCGUGUGUGCACUGGCGGGGAAAGACUACUACAGUAUCCUGGGCGUGAAGAGAACGGCCACGACAAAGGAGAUCAAGCGGGCGUACCGCAAGCUGGCUCUCAAGUACCACCCUGAUCACAACCAGGGCGACAAAACUGCUGAAAACAAAUUCCAGGAGCUGGGCACAGCUUACGAAGCCCUGAGUGACGACGAAAAGCGUCAGAUCUACGACAGAGAGGGAGAGGAAGGCCUGCAGAAGCGACAGAACCAGGGCGGCGGCGGCGACCCGUUCAGCAGCUUCUUCGGCGGCUUUGGGUUCGGUUUCCAGGGUAACCAGGGCAACGGCGAGCGACCGCGGGGCGCUGACGUCACCAGCAUCAUCGAGGUCACCUUGGAGGAAAUCUACAACGGAGAGUUUGUGGAGGUUGUGCGCAACAAACCUGUGACGAAAGAGGCACCCGGCAAGCGGCGGUGCAACUGCCGCAUGGAGAUGAAGACGCAGAUGAUGGGCGGUGGCCAAUUCCAGAUGUUCCAGGAGGAAGUGUGCGACAAGUGUGCCAACAAGAAGUUCGUCACCGAGGAGCGGCGCCUGGAGAUCGAGAUCGAAGUCGGCGUACGGCACGAUCACGUGUACAAGUUCAGCGGUGAGGGAGAGCCGCACAUCGACGGAGACCCGGGCGACCUGCACUUCAAGAUCCACGAGCUGAAGCACCGCACGUUUGAGCGGCGCGGCGACGACCUGUACACAAACAUCACGAUCACGCUGCAGGAGUCUCUCAGCGGCUUUCGCAGCGAGAUCACUCACCUGGACGGGCACACGGUGGUCGUCGAGCGUAAGGCGGUCACGGCGUACGGCCUGGUAAUCCGCAAGCCCGGCGAGGGCAUGCCCCACCACGACGACAACAAUCGACGCGGCGAUCUGUACAUAACCGUCGACGUGGACUUCCCCAAGAUGGAGCUUUCUGACGAGCAGCGCGAGCUUAUCUCCAGCAUUCUGAACCAGAAGCCAAAAGGUGCUUUCUACAAUGGCCUACAGCCCAAUGGUAAAGCAUAGGGCUUUGUUGUGAGUGAGUUCUGAUCAAUACUGAUUCUGCUCAGCCAUGCUACGUUUGAAGAUGGUCUCGUGCCAUCACCUCCCUUCCGUGAAGGAGUAUCGAUCCCGGAAGUUGUAUCCUUGCGGUGGGGUUCUGCACUGCAGUGGAGACGCGUCCUUCCGUCGUCCCUCUUCUGCAUGCACGCAUACACAGGUCUGUGUGUGUGUCUCUCUAGCUUGCAGCCUGUCUUCGUCGGUGGACUGCUCGAUCUGCUACUAAACUGAACUUGCUACUAGCUCCAUUCAACAUAAUUAUUAUGAUCCGUGCUGGUAUUGCGGACUUGAGUACUGACUGAUCUUUUGAGAGCUGCUCGCUGUAGUGAAACGUUCACAAAGCCAUAUUCUUUUAUCGCUGCCUCUCUUUGCAAGAGUAUUUAUAACAAAUUCCCCUUAGCGUAACCAAACCCUACUGGCUUCAGUGCAUUUCGUGUGUACGCAGGUGUGUGUGUGUGUACGCAGGUGUACAUGUAUUUUGCAUACAAUCAAGAGUGUGAGCUCCUCUAUGGGUGCUGUCCCGACAGAA